ACGCAUAAUACAGGAACUCUUUCAAUGUUUUUAUGAAAACCCAGGAUUACUUCCCACAGAGUGGAGCAAACUCGCUUGUGAAUCUCAGCGUUCAGUAAUAAUAUGUGACUAUAUCUCAGGUAUGACAGAUAGAUUUGCUAUACACGAGCACAGAAGAAUUUUUGAUACCUCAUACGAAAUGACUUCUUUCUAAUGACUGAUGAUCAUUUCAUGUCAAUUGCAUUAAGGCUUGCAGAAAAAAAUCUUGGAAAUGUUGCACCAAAUCCUGCUGUCGGGUGUGUUAUUGUAAAGGAUGGUACAAUUGUUAGUGAGGGAUACACAGGGAUUGGUGGGCGUCCGCAUGCGGAGGUAGUCGCUUUGCAAAACGCUAAAGAUUCAACUCAUGGCGCAACUAUAUAUAUCACUCUUGAGCCAUGUUGUCAUCACGGAGUCACGGGGCCUUGCACUGCAAAAAUCAUAAAAGCUAGCAUAAAAAGAGUAGUAAUUGCAACUAUUGACCCAGAUAGUAGAGUUUCAGGCAGAGGCAUGAAAGCUCUGAAAGAAGCAGGAAUUGAAGUUGAGCAAGGUAUUAUGCAAAAAGAGGCAAAAGAACUGAAUGUCGUUUUUUUCACCACUAAAGAAUUACAUAGACCAUUUAUAGCUUGCAAAGUCGCAACAACUCUUGACGGAAAAAUCGCAACAUUUACAGGCGAUAGCAAAUGGAUAACAAGUGAAAAUACGAGAAACUGGGUGCAUGAGCUCAGAACGAAAUAUGAUGCAAUUAUGAUCGGCAGCAAUACUCUUAUUAAUGAUGAUCCACUCUUAACUUGCAGAUUACCAGGACUUGGAAGUAGAUCGCCAAUAAGGCUAAUUAUAGAUAGCCAAGGGAGAUUAAAGGAAGAGCAUAACAUUGCAAAGACUGCAGACAAAGUAAUAACUUGGGUCAUCACAAAUAAAGAAGUAGAGAAAAAAAUAAAAAACAUUAACUACUUAGUAGUUAAUUCAAGCAACGCAGGUAAGGUUUGCCUAAAGGACAUGGCAUUAAAACUUGUUUCAGAAAUUGGUAUAACAAGAUUAUUAGUUGAAGGUGGAGGAGUGUUAAUCACAGAACUAUUAAAGUGUAAUUUAAUCGACAGGUUGAUAAUAUGCCGCAGUGGUAAAAUUUUAGGCAAUGAUGCCACUCCUUUUGUAGGAGAUUUAGGGAUUCAAUUCAUUAACAACUGUUAUCAGUUUAAAAAAACAAAGAUAAUAGAGUUUAGUGAGGAUAUAGUUGAGGUUUGGGAUAGGUCGUCAUAAUCCUUACAUACUCAAACAGUAAAAAAAAGGUAUCCGUUCAGCGGAGCGGUAAAAUAAAAAGUAGACAAGGAGUGCUAAAAACAUAAUAUCACAAGUAGUAUGUGUGGUAAAUAUGUCUGAUCUACUAGCUAGUCUUCUCAAGCUCUGUGAAAGCUUUAAAAUAGAGAUAGAGCAACUAAAAGCAGAGAUAAAGAGGUUAGAGAUAGAAAACGAAAAUUUUAGAUCUGAGAAUAAGGCGCUAAGAAUCGAAAAUGCUGAAUUGAAAGAAAGACUAGGUCUGAAUUCACAAAAUUCAUCGAUACCGAGCUCAAAAGAGUUAUACAAGCUAAAGAAGAAAAAGAAAAAAAGUGACAGGAAAAUAGGGGCACAGAUUGGGCAUGAAGGAAAGUAUCGCCCUAAAAUGGAAGCAGAUGAAGUGGUGAAAAUAGAGUUCUUGCGAGUGCGGAGGAGAAAUUGCGAUAUCGAAAGAGCCAUACAUUCAUCAAAAAGUUGAUUUGCCAGAAAUUAAGCCUUAUAUUGUGGAAUACCAAUUACAGAAUGGCCGCUGUUGCAAGUGUGGAAAAAGAAAAAGUAGCAGGCUACCAGAAGGUGUUACUGCGGAUACAUUUGGUCCAAAAGUUAAGUCAACAAUCGCGGCGCUGAGCGGAUUUUACAAGAACUCGAAAAGAGAAGUAGCAAAUAUUAUAAAAAAUAUUUUCAACCUGGACAUCAGUGUUGGUAGCGUGUCAAAUAGCGAGGCUAGAGUUGCAGAAAAAUGCCAAGAAGCAUAUGAGCAAAUCGAGCAAGAAGUAAGUAAAAGUGAAGUUCUGCAUAUCGAUGAAACGAGCCAUUAUAACAAAGGUAAACUUGGUUGGUGCUGGAUGUUUGCCAGUAAUACAGCAAGUUUUAUAAAAUUGACAGAGUCAAGAGGAAUGAAGGUUUUACAAAAUAGUAAGUUCUGCAAUCGCAAUAGCUUACGACAGG